CGAGACGCUGGCUCGAGCCGCCGAAUUACGCUGUUGGCACGAGCCGCCUUGGCCUCGCGGGCGCCCCUCGCUCCAUUCGACUCCAAUUCGGCUCAAGAUCCGUCAAUGUCAUCGAUGUUUCAAAAUGUGACCUACAAUCCAGAGAAGUGCGUCUAUGUUGGUCGAGCCACUCGCGAUGGUGAGCGCAUGUGCUGGUCGGGGGCGAAUGAAAUUGCGGUGGCGGAGAAGGUCCGUAAAUUUACAAAGACUCGGUCUCUGAAAGACAUGCUGGCGCCGGGCCACAGUGUUAGGGAGUUGCCCAAAUGUCUUCGAGAGGAGCCUCAAGAUGUCACAAAGAACCCUAGACGGACUCCGCCCAAUGCCCGGGCGCAAUUGGUCAUCCGGUUGAUGUGCUUGCUGUACGCUCGUGGAGCAUGCGCUAAGAUUCCAUUGUUACGGGCUGCCGACAUCGCUGGGCUGCGGCUUUCAAAGCAAGAGCUAGAUGACAACGAGUAUACUGGCUUGCAUGCAAUGAGGCAUCUAAUCGUUUUGCAUCAAUUAUGGACACCUCGGCGCAUGGCAUCAGCGAUGUCACACUUGAAAGCGCGCGGAAGCAUGAAAGAUGCACUGCAACGUAUAAGCGCGCAGAGCAGCAAAUCUCAGCAAACAGAAAUCGACAGAGAUGAAAUAGCCAUGUUGGUUCCUGGGUUAUGUCGACGCAUCACCAAACCGAGCAACAUAGUCAAAUGGUUUGAUACAUACGAGAGCUGGGAAAAGCUUACCAGCGCAGCAGCUAUGUGCUGCGAGUAUUUUCACAACGGCCGUGGGACUAUCACGACGCAGGCGUGUGAUCUCAUGGCAUCGCAGCUUCGACCAGUUGACAUGGUUGGUGACUACACUGCUCCUCAUUGUGUUCGGAGUUUAGCUGCAAUCUUCCAUCGCAAGAUAGCAUUAGGUUCUGUAUGGGGCAGCAUGUUGAUGAGCGAUCGCAGUGUGGCUGCCAUGCUUAAAGUGCUAGGUAAUCCUUCCCCAGUGGAGCUGCUCGAGUGGUUGGGGCGGUCUGGUAUUCGAAAUACGCCUACUAUUCCCGACGAUGCUGGGGCGCUUGCUCUAUUGCUCUGCGAGACACAUCAAGUCUAUGCGAAAUUGACGAAGAGAAGGUUUACCCUCUGUGCUUUCGUGAAGAAACUUGGAAGACUUUCGCCAAAGCAGGUGCAAGAUGAGCGGCGCAUGCUCGCCAAAGUGAAAAAGUAUUCGCUCAAGAACAAGGUUUAUGAAUCCGCCGCUGUUGUGCUGACGCAUAUGGGCAUGCUGUAG